GGGCGCGGCCCGCGCUGGCGCGUUUCGGUUCCGGGCCGGCGCUGCGGGCCCUUCCCACCCCCGGCAGGGGAAGGGGGCAACAAGCUUCCAAACCUUCUCACUACAUCAGAAGGACAAAGGAGAACAAGAAGGCAGCACCCCCACUUCCUCCCCCCCUGCAUGUAACUCACAGUGCUCCAGGGCUCCUUUUCAAACUUUGCCAAAAUGCAAUGUGAUGAUGUGGUGGCGCAUCCCCCCACCCCUGGCCCUGCUGGAAGCAUCUCAGAAGCUCCUGAUAAGCCUUGACGGACCCGCUGAGCGGUGAAGUGUCCCCUGACUGCACCAGCUGGGCUGGGAGGUGCUCCCUGAUCCUGCCAGGAGCUGCUGGGUGGUACAGGUGGGAACAACCAGGAACAUCCCAGCCAAGGUGGGGAACAAAGGAUAAGCCGUUAUCCUUCGGAGCCUCGCACAGUCGUGCACCUGCAACCGGGACAGCCAUGGAGAAGAGCGGGAACAUUCAGCUGGAGAUUCCUGACUUCAGUAACUCUGUCCUGAGCCACCUGAACCAGCUGCGCAUGCAGGGCCGGCUGUGCGACAUCGUGGUCAACGUGCAGGGCCAGGCGUUCCGCGCGCACAAGGUGGUGCUGGCGGCCAGCUCGCCCUACUUCCGCGACCACAUGUCCCUCAACGAGAUGAGCACCGUGUCCAUCUCCGUCAUCAAGAACCCUUCUGUCUUCGAGCAGCUCCUCUCCUUCUGCUACACGGGCAGGAUCUGCCUGCAGCUGGCCGACAUCAUCAGCUACCUGACGGCCGCCAGCUUCCUGCAGAUGCAGCACAUCAUAGACAAGUGCACGCAGAUCCUAGAGGGGAUUCACUUCAAAAUCAACGUGGCAGAGGUGGAGGCGGAGUUGAGCCAGACCAGGACGAAGCAUCAGGAGAGACCGCCCGAGUCUCACCGGGUGACACCGCCCCUGAACCGUUCCCUGAGCCCGCGCCACAACACCCCGAAGGGGAGCCGCCUGGGCCAGGUGAGCACAGUGCUGGACAUCCGGGAGCUCAGCCCGCCCGAGGAGUCCACCAGCCCCCAGAUCAUCGAGCAGAGCUCGGACGUGGAAGGCAGGGAGCCCAUCCUGCGGAUUAACAGGGCGGGACAGUGGUACGUGGAGACGGGGAUGGGAGAGCGCGGGGCCCGGAGCGACGACGACGUGCGGGUGCUGGGCGGAGUGCGCAUCAAAACCGAGAACCUGGAGGAGUGGCUGGGGACAGAGCACCAGCCCUCGGGAGAGGACGGGAGCAGCGCCGAGGAGGUCACGGCCAUGGUGAUCGACACCACGGGCCAUGGAGCGCUGGGCCAGGACGCCUAUGCCCUGGGCUCCUCUGGGGCCAAAGUGGUCAGGCCAACCAGCACUGAGAUCGACAGAUUUAGCCCUUCUGGCAGCAUGGUUGCUGUGACUGAGCGGUACAGAUCAAAAAGCGAGUCUCCCGGGCGGAUGGAUGAGCCCAAGCAGCCCAGUUCCCAGGGGGAGGAAUCAGCCAUGCUUGGAGUGAGUGGUUACGUGGAGUAUCUGCGGGAGCAGGAGGUUUCCGAGCGCUGGUUCCGGUACAACCCGCGGCUCACGUGUAUUUACUGCGCCAAAUCCUUCAACCAGAAGGGCAGCCUGGACCGGCACAUGCGGCUCCACAUGGGCAUCACCCCCUUUGUGUGCCGCAUGUGUGGGAAGAAGUACACCCGCAAGGAUCAGCUGGAAUAUCACAUCCGCAAGCACACGGGCAACAAGCCCUUCCACUGCCACGUCUGUGGCAAAAGCUUCCCUUUCCAGGCCAUCCUCAACCAGCACUUUCGCAAGAACCACCCCGGCUGUUUGCCCCUGGAGGGGCCCCACAGCAUCUCCCCCGAGACCACGGUCACGUCCCGGGGGCAGGCGGAGGAGGAGUCCCCUCCGCAGGAGGAGGCUGUGGCUGUGGGGGAGACGGCACAGGGAUCUGUGUCCACCACUGGGCCGGAUUGAAACACGACUGCGGAGUCCGGGGAGAAAGGACCGUCUUCCCUUUCUUGGCUCUCCAGAGUCAGCACCAACCUGGCAGGCUGGUACUGUAAUUAGUGCAAUGCCACCACUGGACAGAAAGAAGCUCCCAAGAUGUUGCCAAAAUAGAAAAAUCUCUUCUCUCUCUCUUUCUCUCUCUCUCUCUCUCUCUCUCUCUCUCACACACCCACACACACACGUAGAGUGUUAAACGUUUUUCUCCCUCAUUCCUCCUCCUCUUGGAGAAAAACAGAACAACUGUGUCAAUCAACUUCUUAUUCAGGGAUCGACAGGAUUUUAAAUUUUUUUACUGUUCCGUAGUGACCUGGGACAAGCAGUCAUUUGUAUUUCUGGACAGCCCUGUGGCCCAGCAGCCAGGCCCCGCCGGCGGUGCCGGUGGCAGCCCCGCGGCCCCGCAGAGCC